AUGGCCCCCAUGAAGUUGCACUCGCGCGUAAUGGUCGUGCCAGUCAUAAGCGAGGCAGCAAGAAAGCAAACAAACAAAAGUUCGGUUCCUCGAUCGACGGAAGAGAGAGAGAAGAAAAAAAGGCUGCACAGUGCUUUAUGUGAUAGAUUGAUGCUUUUUGUGUUCUUGCUACAUCACAACGCCAAUGCCCGUCUUGAAACCGUCGGCGUUGCGUUUCAGAAAGCACGCACUAGUACCGAGUUCUAUGCACAAUGGAGGUCGAGGAGGCGUGAGGAUGACGUCUGGCCCUCUGCUAGUUCAAGCAUUCGCAGUGUUCGUACUGUAAACGGUACAGGCACUUGGGUGUGCUUGGCAUCCAUCGCAACCGAGAGUGCCAUGGAAUGUACAGCACACACUGAUGGCUCUGAAACGCACCAUUUGCCUGUCACCUUGUCUGGAGUAGCAUGGGUGAGGCGCCAGGGGCAGGGGCAGCAUUGUGCGGAGGAUAACACAAAAGCUGUAUCGAUCCAGCAGCCCCCUUGGCGUCACGGCUGGGGAUCACCACGUCAAGUUGCUGUGUACGGAAUGCAGGCUCAUCAAAGAGCCCGGCAUCGCUGA